AUGAAACAGCCCGCCGCGGCAGAUCUCGUCAGACCCAUUCGCAAUUUCAUGAUGGCGUUCAUGAGCAAGGAGGCGGAGCCGGAGCGGGACAGUGCGAGCGUGCAGGCGUUCUACCGCAGCAUCGAGGCCGCCUUCCGCGCCCACCCGCUCUGGCAGGCCGCCUCUCCCGACGAACUCGAGUGCUCGGGGGAGGCCCUAGAGAAGUACCUAAUGACGAAGCUCUUCCCACGCGCGUUCGCCCCCGAGGAGGAGGAGGUGGAGAGGGACCGGCGGCUGACCACGCGCAUAGCGGCGCUGCAGACCUUCCUGCAGCCGCGCCACCUCGACGUGCCCGACUCGCUGCUCAACGAUGCUUCCCUGCUGCUAGCAGAGAAGGACCUGCAGAAGCUGGGGUCGUUCAAGGCCCCACGGGACAAGCUGGUGUGUGUGCUCAACUGCUGCCGCGUCAUCAACAACAUUCUCCUCAACGCCUCCAUCACUGCUGCUGCCGCUGCUGCUGCUGCCACAGGCGCGGGCGCAGGGGAGGCCGGGGGAAAGGGAGGGAAGCCGCCAGGAGCUGAUGAUUUCCUGCCCGUGCUCAUCUACGUGGUGGUGAAGCCAGGCUUCUCCCUUGGGAGAAGCCAGGUCCCUCACACAUAUCCUUGCUCCCCCUCGCCCUUCUUUUUCACUCUCCCUCAUCUUCUCUUUGCUCCUCCCUCCCAUCUCUUCCCUUCCCUCCUGCCUCUCACUCGUCCCUGCCCUCCCUCGCCCCUGUCUUCUUGCACUCUUCUCCUCUCUUCUUCCAACACCCCCCUCUUCCUCCCCUUUCCCCCAACUCCCCCAUUCCAUUCCCCCAUCCCCCCCCCACAGGCGAACCCCCCCCAGCUGCUGAGCAGCAUUCUCUACAUCCAGCGCUACCGCCACUCUGACCGCCUUGUCUCUGAAGCCGCUUACUUCUUCACCAACCUCGCCUCUGCCGCCACCUUCCUCGAAUCCCUCUCGGCCGCCCAGCUCUCUCUCAGCGACCAGGAGUUUCAGAGGCUGUUAGAGGCUGGGUAUAAGGCGACUGGCGUGGGGGGAGAAGGGGGGGAAGGGGGAGAGGGAGGGGGGAAGGGGAGUGGAGGAGAGGGAGGAGGGCGGGGAGAGGGCGGAGGAGGGGGUUCGGGAGAGGAGAUUGGAAGCGGGGGAAAGGAGGGAAGAGUAGCAGGAGGAGCAGAGGCAGCAGGAGCAGCAGGUGACAGCACGGCUGCCGGUGCUGCCGCUGCUCCCAGUCCCAGCAGCAGUGCUGCUGGUAGCAGCAGCAGUGCUGCUGGUAGCAGCAGCAGCGGCAGCAAGGAGCAGAGGGAGAGGGAGACGGAACGGGUGGUGGCGGUAUCGGAGAUCUCAAGGGACAAGGGCGUGUUGAGGGAGCUGGUGAGGGCAGACGCCAGUGGGGAGCUCGCUCGUUCCUUCCGCUUCCUCUACGCCUCGGCUGCUGACCUCUCCAUUGCUGACGUCUCAGACCUCCUUGCAGAGUACAAGGACCUCGCACUCAGGCACUAUGCUCUUAGUCGAGUGGUGCACGGAGCAGGGGUAUCCCUCCCGCUCUCCUUCCCCUCUAACCCUGCCCGUCCCACCACCGCAAGUGCCAGCAUUGAAGAAGCAGAGCAAGGGGAAGGAGCAGCAGUAGCAGCAGCAGCAAGGGAAGGGGAAGGGGAAGAGGCGUUUAGGGAAGACGCAAUCGACAGAGAGACAUCAGGAGGUGAAGGUGGGGCGAGUGGGGCAGCUGGUGCUGCGGAGGAGGGUAGUGGGAGGAGAGAGGGGGCUGGUGAGUGA